UGGAGAUUUUUCUAUUAUUUUGCGAUAUUUUGGUAUGGACUUUACAUUUUGCACAAUAAACCGUGGUUUAAGGACACAAAAGAAUGUUGGUAUGGCUUUCCCAAACAACAUCUUGAUACAGAAGUUUGGACUUAUUAUAUGGUUGAAUUCGGAUUUUACGUUUCACUUAUAUUUUCCCUAUGUACCGACGUUAGACGAAAGGACUUUCGCCAGAUGAUGUUGCACCACUUUGUGACGAUGACAUUAAUGUUUAUGUCCUGGUGCAACAACAUGGUCAGAGUUGGUUCCCUCACUUUAUGCUUACAUGAUAUUGUCGACUGGUGGCUGGAGGGUGCAAAAUUAGCUAAUUAUAUCAGAUGUACGAAACUGUGCGAUGCAUUAUUCAUCGUGUUUGCGUUACUAUGGUUUGUUACGAGACUCGUCAUAUUUCCAUUAUGGAUUUUAAACACUACUUUUUUUGAAAGUCGUUCGAUUUUGGGGGAAUUCGGAGCUUGUUAUGCUUUCAAUCUCUUGCUCUUUUCUCUUCUCGCCUUGCAUUUUAUUUGGUUCUACACAAUUCUGAAAAUGCUGUCGAAAUAUGUAAUGAAAGGGAAAGUUAAAAAAGACAGCAGAAGUGAUAGUGAAUCUGAAACAGAUUCUGAC